AUGGGUAUGCAAGGGCCUCUUACGGCGCAGGCCCUGGGCCGAUCGCCCUACGAUGAGGUGGUUCCCGGAGAGGGUGAGGAAGACCCUCGCCAGCCAACGCAGCAGUACGACUACCGCGGUCGCCCUAUAAACCCAGAGACCAGGCGCAUGAACCGCGACAUUGUGCGAUCGCAUAACGAGGUCAUGCAAGUCAUUGGCGUUGCAGAGCCCGAGAACCCCUUCUCGGCGCCAGAGGCCGAGUCACAGCGACGUCACGGCGACUAUGAGGAGGACGUUGGCCUCGCACUCGUCAGGCCCGCGAUCCGCUGCGUCGAGUCAUCAGGAGUCUUUGGACUCGACGGUCUGCGGCAACGGAUACUGAUCUAUAGGCGUUAUGCCCAAAUACCUUUUCGGGAACUCUACAAAGACGCUAGGAACGACUUUUCGGUUUCGCGGGACUUGCUCGCUGGCGCGCCCACCAGUCUGCUCACCACGUUCAUCGAGCGACAAGUGAGCCGACUCUGGCUGAAUGACCCCGUUAUGAGGCUUCCCCGACGUUGCGCGCAUGAAGCUUGGUCGUACAUCCGUGUCCAUCUAGAGCUUUAUGUCGCUUUACAGCACCUUGGCUUGACAAAGAGCCUGACCUUGCUACCUAGCCCCAAGUUUUUUGUUCCAUUCACGGAAGAGUCACCGAUACCGGCACCACCUCCACUGGACGACUUUACAUUCCCAUCGCUGCUGCGUUGGGUGGGCGGCCUCUUUAUUUCCACCACACCUUUCUUGGUUUGGGUCAUGGCACGGCGUAUGUCGCGCGACUGGAAGCCCCAGAUCUGGGGUCAGAUCUAUACCCGUCUACCAAGUACUGCGAUGCAAGCCAAAAAGCACCGGCCCAUCUCUUCGCCAACGUUGCCACCACCACCUCCGCCGCCGCCCCCUUCCUCGACGGCGCCUCAGCGCCUGAAUGAGCCUGAUGAUGGGUGGACUCUUGUCCAAGACUCUCAAAGAGAAGAGUCGCAACCCGACCACACCACUAUUUCACCCGAUCAACCCCCACCAAGCCACCCAGGCCCAGUAGAAGCGGUCAGGCGGCCCAGCGUCUUCUCCGCCCGCGGCGACGAUUAUGCCAGCGACGAGGAGGACAACGAGGGAGUCAGUGCGACCCUCAUCAGCUUCGACGUCGAAGCCACAGAGUCGACGGACGCGCCGCCUGGUCUCUGGUCCGCCGAGCUGCGACCAAGCGUGGCGUCAGAUGCGAGGGCGAACGCAAACCAGCCCGCGGUCUACCUGGACACCAUGCUUACAAGGCUCCCCGCGGUGGCCGGCGCCCACAUGCUUACGGAAGCCCUAUGCCGAGUACUCAUGGUGCCGUACGAGGGAACGGCUCUGCGCCUCGUCGCACGGACGUGGAGGUUGAGGCAAGGCCUGCCCUUUUACGACAUCUAUGGGGUGAACAUGUUGAGCGGCCUAUCGUGGGUAUACGCUGCCAAUUUCUUUGCCAGCGAACUUCUGCACCUGGUCCUUUGCGGCGAAGUGUGGGCCGUCUUUACCAUUUUGUCACAGCGGUACCACAUGACGGAGGAGGAAUGGAAAGAUGAGGAAGAAGCCAAGGCGAACGAAGCCUGA